GCAGAGAAAUAGCAUCGGGGGCUCGGCAUACUGUAGUUCCUGCCCGAAAUAAUGUCUCGUAUCCCGGUGUUUCUCCCUCCGAGGUGACUGAGGUCUGAGCAGCAGCUGCCGGCAUGGCGCUGGUCACCGUGCAGCGGUCUCCCACACCGAGCACCACCUCCAGCAGCCCCUGUGUGUCGGAGUCGGGCAGCGGUGAGGAUGACCGUCGCUCCCAGCCCAGGAGAGGACGGAAUGUAGCGGAAGAUGAUUGUGCAACGUGUCCAGGUCUCAGCUUAACCACAACAGACUCUCGAGUUACCAGCCCACAGACAAGUUCCCACCGAGUGCUGGUAGAUGUGACGACACUAAACAGAACCACAUGACAGAGCACCAGAGCCUCUGUGUGUAUGGGUGAAUGUCAAGUGGAUUAUGUGGUCACAGUUGCUGGCAGAACUCAUUGGACAACCUGCCUUAUGAUGCAGGAGCUGUUGAUAGGAAGGUGAGACAGAGGAUGUGGGAUGUAAUCAUGUUUAGCUGGGCAGGAAACAUGUGGAGUCUAGUGUUAAACCACACAUACUCAUUAUGUGCUUGAAGAUGUUCAAUGGAAUAGUUAAAGCCUCCUGGGAUUGUUAAUAUUAUAAGUAACACAUGUUAUUAUAUCCCCCAGAGCUGGUAAUUGGGGUUGAAUAAAUAUAAACUACACUAGCAUUGCUAAGGAAGAAGGUAUAUUACUAAAAGGCCUGUGUAAUGUCUAAUAUCCUGACUGUGUUAAUUAAGCCAUGCAUGGAUUCUUGUUUUUUUUUUGUAAACAGAACAACAUAAUUAAAUAAGAGAUUAGAAUAACGCGUAGUUUUUGAUGAACUGACAAAAGCCCUGCCGCAUCUUGCCAUAGACAUCCUGUAUUGUUGUGUUUUGUGUCUUUAGUGUUAUUGUGGUCCCCCAUACAGUCCGAGGGUCUGUUGUGACAACAGUAAAUUGACAUGAGAAAAAAGGGAAGAGGAAAUAUUUCCGACAAUUCUUUCCCAGAAGCAACAGCAAUAUGUCACAGUCAGUCCAGAGGAAGAGUAAACAUAAAAAGAGCUUCCGUUUAACAUUAGAUCCACUA